CAGUCACCAGCCGAAAUGGGCGCCGGCGCCGGCGGGACAGCAAGGAUACCAGCUUCGAUCAGGGCGGAGGUUGCAAAGCGCUGACAUCAGGGCGGGCGCGCUGCCGCCUGAGAAUAUCCCGGCUUCUGUCCCCAGACGAAACGAUUCCCUUCCGUCGCGCUCUCCGCCCGCCAGCCCGCGCCAGGCUCCAACGCGCACCGCGGCGGCACUACGGCAAAGCUAAUACUACUACAAGCGCCAAUUAGGAGCAGGCAGAGCUGGAGAGAACCGAAGCUCUCGGCAGCUGUUGGCUGGUUCCGAUGGCGAGCGACGGCGACGAGGCUCCCGCGGGGGUGGCCGGGAAGGUGACCUGCGCGGCGUGGAUACGGCGCCCGGGCGGCGGGCCGGCCGUGUCCAGCAGCCGCAGCCUCCUCGUGGUGUACGGCCGCGGCGCCACCGCCUCGUCCCCGCCGCUCCUCGACCUCCUCGCCUUCGACACCAGGCCGUGCGAGCUCGCCUCCGAACCCCUGCUGAGGGUCGUGAUGGGCGAAAAGGGAGCCGACGCGGACACGCCGCGCGCCAUCGCCGUGCACCCCGCCGGCGACGAGUUCGUCUGCGCCACCGCCAAAGGCUGCAGGCUGUUCAAGCUGGUCUAUGAUGACUUUUGUAUCAACCUUAUUUCAAGUGAUUCGCCGCCCCUCCAAUCAGUUGGGCCUCAGCGAUGUUUGGCAUUCAGUACUGAUGGUACUAAGUUUGCUAUUGGCGGCGAGAAUGGACAUCUCAGAAUAUUUCACUGGCCAAAUCUCAGCGUGCUUCUGGAUGAACCUAAAGCUCAUAAAUCCUUCCGGGACAUGGACAUCAGCUUGGAUUCAGCGUUUUUAGUAUCAACUUCAACUGAUGGUUCUGCAAGAAUAUGGAAGAUUGAUGAGGGAGCUCCACUCGUAAAUUUGACUAGAUCUUUGGAUGAGAGGAUUGAGUGUUGCCGCUUUUCUAGGGAUGGAAAGAAACCUUUUCUGUUUUGCACACUUGUAAAAGGAAAUGAUAUCGUGACUAUGGUUUUGAACAUAAGUAACUGGAAGAGAAUUGGAUACAAAAGACUCCUGCGAAAGCCCAUUUCCACACUUUCAGUUAGCUUGGAUGGGAAGUAUCUCGCACUAGGAAGCCGUGAUGGAGACUGUUGUGUUGCCGAUGUACAGAAGAUGCAAGUUUCUCACUUGAUGAAGAAGGUCCAUCUUGGCUCCCCAAUUUCCUCCAUUGAAUUUUGCCCUACUGAAAGGAUUGUGAUAUCCACCUCGCACCAAUGGGGAGCAGAGAUUACGAAGCUCAACGUCCCUGCUGACUGGAGAGUUUGGCAAAUUUGGCUGGUAUUCUUGAGCCUCUUCGUGACAUCGGCAAUACUGUUCUACACGUUCUUCAAGCACACAAACCUGGUGUAACCCCAUAGGGUGCACAUUUCAGAGUAACGAUCCUCUAGUGUCUGAAUUCUGAUGAUCAGAGUCCAUGCCUAAUAUCAACAAUGUUCCUUAUCCUCUGUUUUUGUUGACACAAUGCCUCGUCCUCAUGAGCCCUUUCAUUGUAUGACCAAAUGGUUUUGUGUCUGAAAUGAUCAUUGUUUUGUGGUAUCGAACCCUAAGCAGGCACAUUUUUGUACACCAAGUGUUGAAUUCUGUACAUCGUAUACCAUGUGCCUCCUGUGCUGUAAUCUUUGUGACUUCAUUUCCACACAAAAAG